ACGACUUUUCAGCUUCCCCUCAAUUAAAACGUCAAAUCCUAAAUCUAGUUUUUUACUCAAUUUCAAAUUAGCAAUCAUGUCUGAGCCUGACGCAAAGCGUGCCAAAACUGAUGGCGACCACCCCUACGAGCUCACCUACUGGCCACUUAUGCCGGGCCGUGGCGAGUUUGUUCGCCUCCUCUUUGAAGAUACAAACACGCCGUUUACGGACUACUCCAAACUCCCUCCCCAAGAAGCCGUUGCCAGGGUCACUGAGCUCGUCACAUUGACCAACAAUGGCGACGCUGCGAGCCCUCCCAUCUUUGCAGUGCCUGCCCUCCGCCACGGCCCAAACGUCUUGCUCAACCAGACACCAAACAUCUUGCAGUACAUUGCCCCGCGAGUUGGGCUCGCUGGCAAUGGCAGUGAAGUUGAUCUUUUGAACCUCAACGGCAUUGUUUUGACGCUUCUUGAUGGGUUCUCUAAUGAAGUGCAUGAGACGCACCAUCCGGUUGCUAGUUCACAGUACUACGAGGACCAGAAACCCGAAGCUAAGAAGCGUGCGGCAAACUAUGUUGACGAACGUCUGCCCAAGUUUCUGGGCUAUGUUCAGCGCGUUCUCAAUGGUGAGGCCAGUGGUGACGGACCAUGGCUUUAUGGCGGCCAGUGCACAUAUGCGGAUUUGGUCUUGUUCCAGUGUAUUCAUGGACUGUCGUAUGCAUUUCCCAAGUCCAUGGAAAAGGCACGAGCCAGUGGAAACUUAAAGGGUGUAUUUGAGCUCUACGAGGCUGUAGCGGAACGACCCAACAUCAAGGCUUACAUGGAGAGCGAUCGUCGUGUCGCCUACUCGGACGGUAUUUACCGCCACUAUCCAGAGCUUGAAGAGCAUGUUGGCGAAUCAGAUGAUGAGUAAUGUGUAGUUAAAAUUAUAAUAAUUAUUACAUUUGUUCUAUAUCUUACAAAGCAAUGGAUGGAAUCCUUGACUCCAUCGCAGGCCGCCCAUUAUAAUAAUCAUUAGCGCGAAGCCUGUGAUAACGCUUGCUGCGCCAUAUAUAUACGAAUGUUUCCUCCGUAAUGUAUGUAGCUCUGCCACCCAUGUAGACACGGUCGUUAAGCAUCCGCAGAGACCGUCCUCCAAGCCCUGCAUGACUUGACAGGUUAUAACACCUCCGGCCGGGACGUGGGCUACAUCCCAGCCAAUUGCUAAGAUGGCGGUGCCAAUAAUAUUGGCGGCAAAUGUGCCGAGUGGAAACGAGGGUCGCUUGGCGUUAAGAUACAUGGCUAGGUAGAACCGGCCAAGACAACCAAUAGGUGCAAAGACGAGAGCAAAUGUAAUUUGACCGCGCCAGUGAUCGUGAGGAGGGAAGAUGGACAGGAAAACGGCACCAAGCCAGCAGCCCCAUCCUAAUACCACAGCUACACGAUCCAAAAUUUUGCGUGUGAAGUGGAAUGGGAGAGAUGGGAGCAAACCUUCUGUUGCGGCUGCUAGAUGUGAGCCCAUGGUGUAUGCACCCAGAGACAGCGUGAUGUCUGUGACGAGGACGCCCAACAGCGCCAUGAAAGAAUAUCCACCGUUUCUAUGUGUAGUGAAUCCGCCACCUGGGACAGGUAAAUCAUUCGAAGCAGCCAGAAACACAUCUCUCAGAAACGUCGAAAAGCUUGUAAAGCUGCCACAAAAGCCAGUAGCAAGGCCAACAUAGAGCGGGAUCGUCUUCUUGGUUGCAAGAUGGGCCUUUUUCGCUGCGGAAAGGUCUUCGCCGUCCUUUCUUGCACGGAUAGCUUCGUCAUAGACGGCUCGGCCCCAUUCGUGUCUAAAUAGCAUUCGGUCUUCCGUCAAGAACCCCAUGAUGAAGCUGCCGCCGACAUUGGCCCAGACGGUGGUAAAGACCGGCGCGCCAGGAUACGAGGUCAGCGCCGUGAGGCCGACGCGGGCCAGGGUUCCGAAUAAAGAGAAUAGGACAAGAUAUGAUAGCGUGUAUAUUUUCGUGGCGAGUGCGGAAACGGUAUGCUGACUAGAGGCUUCGAGUAUGUUCGGGGGGUAGUGAUGGGGGUCGCGAUACUGUAGGUCUUCCAGAUUGGUGCGAGGCACAGCCUCUGAUGGAGUUGGAGCUUCUGGUUGCUUGUAGCUGUCCGGCAUGGCUGUGACCUCGCCGGAGGCCGUUUGCGCGUUUGGAGUGCUGUCGCUGCUCAUCGUCGGCGGUUGGCGCGUGUGUUGCGACGACGCGUCCAUGGAAUUCGGGUUGGUGAUGCGGUAGCUGGCGUAGCUUGCGUGAUUCCCGGCUUUUAUUUCGAUUGAGGCUUCAAGAGCCGUUUAUUGAUCCAUAUUCCUUUGUCUUCGAUGCUCGCUCUGGCUGUUUGCUCUCCUUGGCUUGCUGUACCGUGCUG